CCGCUAUGCUCGCGGGAGCGUGCGCGUGUACGACCGGAAGCACGUGUAGCCUAGGGAUGAUCGCGAGCUUGCUGGCCUUUGUGCUGUUUCCUUUGUCGCAGUUUCUCCACAGUUUAGCAGCAGAUAAUACGUGUGAGAAUGACCACUUACAGGAGAGAAAGUCCAUUGCUGUAGGAGAAAGCAGUGAGAUGAGUGAUGCCAAUGAAGCCCACUCAAACAAAAAUAAUGAAAACGCUGGUAAAAAAGGGGUGUCACAUGAGCCAGUGUAUUUACAGUACACAAUGAGUGGAGAUGGAUUUCAUCUGAUGAGUUCUGAUGUGCCCCAAGCCCUUGAGGGAAAAGAUAAGGAAAAGAAGUCCAAUACUAUUGAACAGCAGAAUGAGAGAGAUCUGAGGCUGAAGAGUCUGCAGCUAUUUGAGAAUUCUGACGAGAACCUUCAAGAUGAUUUGCAACUUGAUUGGUCAUUUGGCACCCAAAGCAGAGAAGAGCUAGUUGAUAGCUUGUCCUGGCAGAUCCCCAGCAUGACAUCUUUCCAUCUCCUAGAGCAAGAGGUAAAGGAAAGGCAGUGGGAAGAUUUAACAAAAACCUGGUCUGAUUUUUACACCCAGAAACCAAGUAACAAUGGAUGCCAGAUUGAAUUCACGGUCAUGAGUUACAAUAUUUUGUCUCAGAAUCUCCUAGAAGCAAACCCAACUCUUUAUGCGCACUGCCCCAUAGAAGUCCUCUCUUGGAACAUUCGUCUUCACAACCUUCUUCAGGAGUUCCGCAUGUGGGACCCAGAUAUUCUUUGUCUUCAAGAAGCUCAAGAAGACCAUUACCAGGAAGAGAUAGAGCCUACCCUAGUGCAGAUGGGCUACAAGUGCAUCUAUAAACGACGGACGGGUAACAAGAAGGAUGGCUGUGCUUUGUGUUAUAAGACUUCAAAGUUUGAUCUCAUUUCAUCUGAGCUGGUGGAAUUUCUUCAACCCAGUGUGGAGGUGUUGGACAGAGACAAUGUAGGAAUAGUAGCUCUUUUUCAGGGUGUUGUACCUUCUGAUCUAAAACCAGAGGGAAGGCCCUCAAAAGCAUCACCAAUCUGUGUUGCAAACACUCACCUCCUCUUCAGUCCAAGAAGGGGAGAUAUCAAACUUGCUCAAGUGGCACUGCUGAUGGCUGAAAUUGACUUGAUGAUAAGGCCUUGGCGAGAGAAGGGAGCAUCCUGUCCAGUGAUAGUUUGUGGAGACUUCAACUGCAUUCCCCGCAUGCCUCUAUACCAGUUCAUUGUGACAGGGCAGCUGUAUUACCAUGGAUUGCCAGCAUGGAUGAUUUCGGGGCAGGAGGAUUUGUCACACAAAUUUUACCAGAGGAAACUGUAUACCCCCUUGUGGCCACAGAAUCUUGGAAUAACUGAUAGAUGUCAGUAUGUAACUUCCACUGAGAACAAAUCAGAUAACCGCAUUUACAGUCACUGUUUUAUGCGGGGUUUACGCUAUAGUCCUCCUGCUUGUAUUAGGCCAGAGGCCCUUGAAUUCAUACCAGGUGUCACAGAUGCUAGGCCAGUGCCUCCUGAGAACUGGUUCCAUGAUAAAAGUGCUGAUGUUGAUUCAAAGGUUUUCUUUCCAAGGAUUGGUGGUACACUUUAUCAUAACCUAAAUCUGAAGUCUGUGCAUAGCCAUUUUGAUUUAGAAACAGGUAAACCUGAGGUCACUUCCCUUCACACUGGGUUAGGAGCAACUGUUGACUACAUUUUCUACUCAGCUGAGCCAGUCAACGAUCCAAAACACGGAGGACGAAGACAGCUGCAAGAUGGGCCUCUCAAGUUGCUUGGACGCCUCACCUUGUUCAGUGAAGAAGAUCUAUGGGCAAUGAAUGGAUUACCGAACAAAAUGUACUCUUCUGAUCACCUGUGUCUUCUAGCCAAAUUUUGUUGGGACACUAUUUAUUUUUAAAAAAGAAACACUCAGGAGAACAUCUGUGUGCCACUGGAGUUGAGUGUUUGUUGGUGACCCUUUUUCAGACGCUCAUGCACCUCACAAAAUGAAGUGUAGUCUUUAUUCACUGCAACUUGUAACGGGUACUUUCACGUAAAACCCAGUAAAUUGCAAAUUUUGAAUACCUAUUUCCUGUUACAAAAAUUUUACCAGAUAUAAGUUUGCCAUAUUUGAUUUGUUUGGUUAAAAUUUAGUAUUUAAAUGUUAGUUUGCUUUCAUUUAUAGUGCCUUUUUAAAAAGUAAGUUGUCUGCCUGCUGAUUGACACUGGGCCAUCUACAGUAUAUGUGUAUGAGAGCACAGAAUUGGAAUUUCUAAGAUACUUCAAUGCAGUGAUUUUGUUAAGGACAAUAUACUUAAUUUUAUUAAUUUUCAUUUGGUUCCUUGGAGCUGAAUUUUGAGGUUGGUAAUGUUCAGACAAUUUCUGACAUGAUUUUGCAGGUGUGAUUCUUUUAUUGACAGUUGCAUGUUUUUCAUUUUCAUUGCUGAAAAGAUUCACUGUGCUCUAAUGCCACUGUGUGAGCUGAAUGUGCCAAGUUGAAAUGUUUAUAUUGUAUAUAUUAAUGUACAAAUAAACAAAAAAUUCACCAGUUUGGUUAUUACUUUAAC